AUGAAGGUUGAACGAGCGGAUCCUCUCUCAUUUUCUAAGGUCAUUGUCGUUGAUCAGUAUUUGACCAAUUUUCGGUUAAAUAUCACCACUGUAAAAUACACAGGAUCCAAAAACAAUGCGUUGGCUGUGAAAAUCACAGGCGAAUCGGUCUAUGAUCCAAGAAGAAAGGAAAAAGUGGAUGACCAUAUUUCUGUCUACUUUUAUGUGGGUGUUACAGAAGGACAAGUCAAUGAUGUGAAACAAGAUCAGAAUGGUCAAUUGGUAAUGACAGGAUAUUUCAAUUUAUUGCCAAACGUAAAGGUGGCAAAAUCGAGUAACGUGGGAGUGAUUCAAAAAGUAUUGAAAACUCCUUUCGAAUGGGUCGUGACAUUUGACAAUCCCAAUGCCAACCCUUUAUCUGAUUUAGAAUUUUCUCCAGCCUACAUUGACCAUUUAUAUGAAAAGUACAAACAACAAUUUGAGUCAGAUUUCGAUGUGAAAUUUCCAGUUUUCAAUUUCCUGAAGAGUAGCACAAUGUCUCCUUCUUCCAAAAUAUCGAUCACCUCUUCAGAAGUUUCGAAAGAACAUUACCGAGAGUUUGCAAUGCAAGUAUUGAGUAGUUUAAUUUAUGGUCUUACUUUGAAGGAACCGGUUUCUUUAAGAAUAUGA